AUGACAGUUAUAAUAACUCGUUCAGAUACCAAAACAGGCAAGAGAGGAAGAAGUGAUAAAUUAGUAUUUGGUUGUGAUAAAAGUGGAAAAUACAAAAAAACAGAUAGCGAAACCCAAAGCGCUAGUAAGAGAUGUGGUUGUCCUUUCAAAAUUAGGUUAACACCAUCGAAAGAUGGUUCUGGAUGGAAGAUUGAUGUAAAAUGCGGAGUACACAACCACGGCUUACCUGAUAGAUUUGAAGGUCAUGCUUUCGUAAGUCGACUAAAUACAGAUGAUAAGCAACAUAUUGUUGAUUUGACAAAACGCCAUGUUCCACCUAGACACAUAUUAUUGUCAUUGCAAGAGCGUGACCCGGAGAAUGUCACUCGGAUCACGCAAAUAUACAAACAUAAGAGUAAGAUACCAAAAGACAUAAGGGGUCCCAGAACAGAAAUGCAACAAUUACUCAAGUUGGUUGAAGAAUCAUGUUAUGUUUACUGGAGUAGGAAAAAGGAUGAGUCAGAAGUUGUGAGAGAUAUUUUUUGGGCUCAUCCAGAAUCAGUGAAGUUGUUGAAUAUGUUUCCUAUUGUAUUGAUUGGACUGCACAUACAAGAAAAACAAGUACAGGCAACCGUUGUUUGA